AUGGUUAAAGCUGUCGUUGCCGGAGCCGCUGGUGGUAUUGGCCAGCCCCUUUCUCUUCUCCUCAAACUCUCUCCUUACGUGACCGAGCUUGCUCUCUACGAUGUCGUCAACUCCCCCGGUGUUGCCGCUGACCUCUCCCACAUCUCCACCAAGGCUAAGGUCACUGGCUACCUCCCCAAGGAUGACGGUCUCAAGAACGCUCUGACCGGCGCCAACAUUGUCGUUAUCCCCGCCGGUAUCCCCCGAAAGCCCGGUAUGACCCGAGACGAUCUGUUCAAGAUCAACGCUGGUAUCGUCCGAGAUCUCGUCACCGGUGUCGCCCAGUACGCCCCUGACGCCUUUGUGCUCAUCAUCUCCAACCCCGUCAACUCUACCGUCCCUAUUGCUGCCGAGGUCCUCAAGAAGCACAACGUCUUCAACCCUAAGAAGCUCUUCGGUGUCACCACCCUUGACGUUGUCCGAGCCCAGACCUUCACCGCCGCUGUUGUUGGCGAGUCUGACCCCACCAAGCUCAACAUCCCCGUCGUUGGUGGCCACUCCGGAGACACCAUUGUCCCUCUCCUGUCUCUGACCAAGCCUAAGGUCGAGAUCCCCGCCGACAAGCUCGACGACCUCGUCAAGCGAAUCCAGUUUGGUGGUGACGAGGUUGUCCAGGCUAAGGACGGUCUUGGAUCCGCUACCCUCUCCAUGGCCCAGGCUGGUUUCCGAUUUGCCGAGGCUGUCCUCAAGGGUGCCGCUGGUGAGAAGGGCAUCAUCGAGCCCGCCUACAUCUACCUUGACGGUAUUGAUGGCACCUCCGACAUCAAGCGAGAGGUCGGUGUCGCCUUCUUCUCUGUCCCUGUCGAGUUCGGCCCUGAGGGUGCCGCUAAGGCUUACAACAUCCUUCCCGAGGCCAACGACUACGAGAAGAAGCUUCUCAAGGUCUCCAUCGACGGUCUUUACGGCAACAUUGCCAAGGGCGAGGAGUUCAUUGUUAACCCUCCUCCUGCCAACUAG